AUGGCUGGUAAUAUACCUGGAAAGAAUUUCAAUCCACCAAUAUCAUAUGAUCCAAUGGAAUCCCUCGAAUCCCCAAGAACUCAAGAAUUAGAAGCCUUCAUUUUCUUAUUUUUUUCGGUAGCCACCGCCAAUCAUCACGAUGUACAAGGCUCUCCUCUAGUCCAAUACCUUCUACAAUUUUGGCAAAAAUGGCUGUCAGACUAUAAUUGUUGUAAUAGCAAAACUUGGUGUUUGGUGAAUCAUAUCUGGGGCACUUUAGUGCCGAUUCCUGGAGGCUUUGUUGUGGUGGUUUUCAGGCCUAUCAAUCCACUACUUUCAUCUUUUCUGACGGAAUUGGCUGUAAUGGUAUUAUUAUCUAGUGACAUCCUUUGA